UAGUGACAUGCCUGGAGUACUGGCUCCUACACUGAAUCCACACAACAAAUGGAAAUCUCGUGUGUGCAGUGAGCGCCCUGAUCACACCUCAAAAGACCGCACCUGACUGCAGGAAGCCUACAGGCAGAAUGAAAGGGCCCUGAACAGCGCAUCACAGUACAGGCUUGUCUGCAGAGGCUGAAAAAUGCUGGCUGUUCUGGAGACGUGGGAGGAAGAGGGGAGACGCUGGCAGGACCAUACCCUUCUCUACCUGUCCCUCAUUGGGUUCAAGGUGGGGCUGAAUGCGCUGACCCUGGUGCUGUGCUCCCAGAGCCUGCGGAGGUCCUUCAUGGGGCUCAGCGGUGCCUCCCUGUGCCUGGUGGAUGUCCUGCUCCUCUGCGGGACGGCCUACAUCUGGCUCUUCAGGCAGCACCUGAACGCCGCCUCCUCCUUGUGCCUGCUCCUCUCUCACUCCUCCACUGUGUACUCCCUACUCCCUCUGCCUUUCCUGCUGCUGGGUGCCCUGGACUACUGCGCCACCCUGAGCCCCGUCAGCCGCCCCACGAGCCUCCACAGGACCCGCUCCUGCUGCUUGGUGCUCCUGUCCAUUUGGGCGCUGGCCUGCGUCUACUCCUACCACUGCACCGACAGCGAGGUCAUAAUAGCCACCGACGGCGAGCCCAUGCUGCUGUGCACAGUGCAGGACUCCGCCGUGGUCCUCUACUUCUGCGCGGGAACGUCCCUGGCCAUCGCCGCAGUGCUGCUCUACUACAGCCAGAGGGCGCCGGAGUGCUUCCGCACCGCCCUCAGGCUGUCCAGGCAGUGGGACGCUUCCCCGCCCGUGCCCCACUGCGACCUGCCGCUCAGUUACAGGAAAGCGCCGCAGCCGGCAGCGGCGGAGCAGGCCGAGGGGCUGCCGGAUCCCCCGCUCCUGCUCCGCUUUACCCUGGGCUUCUCCCUCUACUGGAUCCCCUUCCUGGGCGUGAACAUGGCCUGCCGGCUCCUCAACCUGGCCACGCCCUCUUACGUGACGGUCAACCUGCUGUGGGUGCUGUGCGCCAACAGCGUCCUGAUCGGGACCGUGCUCUGGUUCCAGAGCCGGCAGCCGGGGCCCUGUGGAAACCCCCCGGACGACACGUGCAGGUGGAGCGUCUACAAGCUGCAGAGUGGGGACGAAUCAAAGCUCCAGGAGAAGCUGUCCCAGGGAAUCUACACCCUGUCCAGCAGAGACACAGACAAACUCCUAUACGUCUGACUCCAGUCUGAGCGCAAAGCCGCAUCUACCAAACGUGGCCUUGACUGGAAAAUGAAAAAAUAAAAACUUUAUACACCAUCCGUUAUUAAAUAAAUAUGGAUGUUCCGCUCUCCAGAACUGUUCUCAAUGUACUCUACGGCUGUGCACCACUAAAAAAUUCUCAUCCCUGUUCAAAGUUACCAUCAGUCUCAAAGUAUGUGUUCAUUACUGUUAUGUACAUAUUCCCUUGAGCUUGCAUCUCUUGUUACUUCCUUUGUCAUCCAGUGUAUGUAUCUUGCCAUGAUGGCCUUGUAAGUCUGUCUGGAUAAGAACGACCACCAAACAAAUAAACACUUCUGCUUG